AUGUCACAAUACUGGGCCGAUCACGAUGCACCUUUGACCAUGCUGUCCCUGCUAGGCAGCAAAGAGGAGAAGGGUGGGUUUUUCAACCAAUUGACUGACCGUGAACAACGGUACGCCCACUACAUGUCCAGGGCCUCGCAUGCAGGGUCCCGUAUUGUCCUGAGACAAGUCUCCCCCGAGAGCGAACCGAUCUUCGAUCUUAUCCUGCUGAUCCACAAGGGGCUUAGGGGAGUGUAUCCUGAGUCCGAGGCCGUGAAGCUGUAUUUGGAGUACGUUUCUCAGUUUCUAAGUAACCUCGGGAAUUACAAGUCAUUCGGGGACUCCAAAUUCAUCCCCAGAUGCAGUGAGGACACCUGGUUUGAACUGUUGAAAUCAGCUGGGAUUGACCUGAUGGGCAAAAUUACCACAGCGCAUACGGACAACGGCGCAGCGUUCCAGAAUUGGCAGGACCUGAUUCGUCGUGGGAUCUAUAAAGUCGAUGAAGACAUUGCAUUGCUUGGAUUCCCAUCCCUGGGACACGUAUCCGCUUACUACGUUGGCGACUCGCCAGUCUCCCCAGAGGAUAUGCAAUUGCUGAAGAACGAGUUGUAUGCCAAGAAUGAUAUCUUACCAGAAAACACAAGAAUCAAAAAACUGAACGACACCAGCUUCGUCAUCCUUGUUGCGUCCGCGAACAAGGAAAACGAAAUCCCAGAAGAGUACCCUCCCCAAGGCUUUACCAUCGCGGGGGGAAAGUACACUGUGAGUUUCCAAUUCGGAGACCACUCGAGAGAACUAUCGUCCGUUGUCAAAUAUUUGGAAAGUGCGCGUGAACAUGUAGCCAACGACACUCAAGAACAGAUGCUGACCCUGUACAUCAAACAUUUCCAGACGGGGUCUGCCAAGGCACACAAACAAGCACAGCGUCUUUGGGUCAAGGACAUUUCCCCCACUGUCGAAACCAACAUUGGGUUCAUCGAAACGUACCGGGAACCCUCGGGCAUAAUCGGUGAGUUUGAAUCGCUCGUUGCUGUGCAAAACAAGGAGAGAACACAAAAGUUCAGCACACUGGUCAAAGAGGCCAAGAAUUUCAUCAACCUGUUGCCCUGGAGCGCUGAUUACGAAAAACCUAAAUUCCAUGCCCCAGAUUUCACCUCUCUGGAAGUACUAACGUUCACCGGGUCUGGUAUCCCAGCGGGGAUCAACAUUCCAAACUACGACGACGUGAGACUCAACGUUGGUUUCAAGAACGUGUCCCUUGGGAACAUUUUAAGUGCCUCGGCGGCGUCCAGCUCAAAACACCCCCCCAGUUUCAUCAGAGAGGAGGACAGAUCCGUAUUUGAGAAAUACCAAUCGCAGUCAUUUGAAGUGCAAGUGGGGAUCCACGAAUUGCUGGGACACGGCACGGGGAAGCUACUGAGCGAGAUAGCCGAGGGCCAGUUCAACUUCGACAUCGAGUCUCCACCUGUGGGAGUUGACGGCAAGACCCCAGUAACCUCUUACUACAAGCUGGGAGAGACCUGGGGGUCCAAAUUUGGGUCUCUUGCGGGGGCCUUUGAGGAAACGAGAGCCGAGGUGGUUGCCAUGUACCUGAUCACGAACAGGGACUUGUUAAAGAUUUUCGGGUUCGAGAGCAAAGAGGACCAGGACAAUAUUGUCUACAGCGGGUACUUGCAGAUGGCAAGAGCCGGGCUGAUGGCUCUGGAGUACUGGGACCCAAAGAGUGGGAAAUGGGGGCAACCGCACAUGCAGGCGAGGUACUCCAUCAUGAAGACUUUUUUGCACCACUCUGGGGACAGCGGCUUCCUACAAAUAGAGCCAACGGCGGACGGGAACGACCUCCGCGUCGUACUGAACAGAGACCUGAUCACUGCGGCGGGCCACGAGUGUGUCAGGGACUACCUGCACCACCUGCACGUGUACAAGUGUUCCGGCGACGUCGAGGCUGGGUCUCAGUACUACGUCGACCGCUCCACAGUCACACCAGAGCUCGCCGCGUACCGGGACCUCGUCAUCUCCAAGAGGUUGCCCAGAAGACAAUUCGUCCAGGCAAACACAUCGCAGAAGGACGGCACAGUCACCGUCCACGAGUACGCUGAGACCUCGCAAGGGAUGCUCGAGUCCUUCGCGCAGAGGGACUGCUAG